UUCUGAUGCACUUCGUACAUACAACUUGUUGUAGUUAGUUUUAAGCUUAAGCAUUGUGUAAGAGGAGCGGGUGAGUGAUUGAGUGAAGUGAGUGGAAGAAAUUAUUCAUUAUUUUUUUUAACUUUUAUAAAAAUCAAUUUCAUCAUCAUCAACAUCAUCAUCAUCAUCAUCAUCAUUAGAUUACAUGGUUGGGUUAAAAUGGAUACUUUGUUUAGACUAGUCAGUUUCCAACAAACACACCCACAACCUCAACAACAAUUGUCUUCUGAUCAUUCUUCUUUCAACAAUUCCAAUUCUAGCUCCUCUUCUGUUAUUUCCUCCACCCAUAAUAAUAACAAUCACUAUUACCACCCCCACCACCACCACCACAAUAACCACCGUCAAAACCACCACCACCACGAACAACAACAACAACAACAACAACACUUUCCUCAAGAAGAAGAAUGCUUCAACUUUUUCAUGGAUGAAGAAGACUUUUCUUCUUCUUCUUCUCACAACAAACAACCUCAACAACAACCUCAUUCUUCUUCACCGUAUCAGUCUUCUUAUCAUUACCACCAUCAACAACAUCAUCAUCAACAACAACAACAUCAAUAUCAUCACAGUUCAACAUCACCAUCCACAACAACCACUUCAACACCCACCACCACCCCAACCCACGGCGGAGGCGGAGCUAGUAGUAACUCCCUCAACUUAGAGUUACUCUCCGACCCCUCAUUCUACGUAGGAAAAUGGUCAAGCAACCUCCUCCUCGAGGCGGCGAGAGCGGUGUCGGACUCCGACACCGCCCGACUCCACCAGCUUUUAUGGAUGCUUAACGAACUCGGAUCCCCAUACGGUGACGUGGAACAAAAGCUAGCCUCCUACUUCACACAAGCACUCUUCACUCGGAUGACUGACUCAGGUGACCGUUGUUACAACACAAUGAGAGCCGCCGCAGAUAAAUCGUUCUCAUUUGAGUCAACUCGGAAGAUGUUGCUUAAGUUCCAGGAAGUUAGCCCUUGGACUACAUUCGGACACGUGGCGAGCAACGGCGCACUCAUCGAUGCCCUUGAUGGUGAACCCAAACUCCACAUUAUUGAUGUCAGCAACACGUAUUGCACUCAAUGGCCUACUCUAUUAGAAGCGCUUGCCACGCGAAUGGAUGACACGCCCCACUUGAAGCUCACGACGGUGUUGGAUAACAACGACGCCGGUGUUCAGAGGGUGAUGAAAGAGAUCGGUAGUCGUUUAGAGAAGUUCGCUAGAUUAAUGGGUGUUCCUUUUAAGUUUAAGAUUAUUCACCAUGUUGGUGAUGAUUUAUCCACCUUGGAUUUCUCCCAGCUUGAUAUUAAGGAUGACGAAGCUUUAGCGAUCAACUGUGUCAACUCGUUACACUCGAUGAGUUUACGCCGUCGUGACUCGGUUUUAUCGGCGUUUCGGGGGCUUAAUCCGAAGGUCGUCACGGUUGUCGAAGAGGAGGCUGAUUUCACGGUGGCCGAAGACGGUGGCGGUGGUUGUGACGGGUCGUCAUUUUUGCGGGGGUUUGGGGAAUGUUUGAGAUGGUUUAGGGUUUACUUUGAGUCGUUAGAGGAGAGUUUCAGUAGAACGAGUAACGAGAAGUUGAUGCUAGAACGGGCAGCGGGCAGGGCGCUUGUGGACUUGUUGGCUUGCCCGGAGGACACGUCAGCGGAGAGGAGAGAGAAUGCCACGAGGUGGACAGGUAGGAUGCAUGGGGCCGGGUUUGGACACGUGGCUUACAGUGACGAGGUUUGUGAUGACGUAAGAGCUUUGUUGAGGAGAUAUAAGGAAGGAUGGUCAAUGACACAGUGUUCUUCUACUUCCACGUCAGCUGCCGGAAUAUUCUUGAAUUGGGGAGAUCAACCGGUAGUGUGGGCCAGUGCAUGGAAACCUUAGUUAUGGGUGGCACGUGCGAUCAUGCAUUUUGGAGCACGCCCGCACGUGCGUAUGUGUGGUUUUUUUUUUUUUUUUUUUCAAAUUUCUUAAACAAGUAGGAAAUUUAAAAGGAGGCAGUGAGAUAUUAUGAGAUUAGGUUCAAUUAGGAGUUUGAAUGGUUGAUUAUGGUGAUAUAAUCUUUGGGUCCAUUUUCUUUUCUUUUCCUUUCCUUUUUUUUCUUUUUCUUUUUUCCUUUUGGAUUUGCUUUUAUGCAUUUGGUCACAUUUGUGAUUAAUAUUUUUCAAAGAACAUGUCUAUGAAUUUUAUAAUCCGAUUUA